UGGCUCCGUGCGCGGACUCCGGAGCCAGCGGCGCUGCCCGCAUUCCUGCCGCCCUCCCGCCGCCCGGCCCCGCUCCCGGCCCCGGCCCCGGCCCCGCUCCCGGCCCCCGCCGCCGGCCCAGCCCUCCGCAGCGCGGAGCAGGUCGUCGCGUGUCGGUGGGGGCUCGGGGUCGGAGCCCAGAGCAGCCAGCACCAUAGCGUCCAACAGCUGGAACGCCAGCGGCAGCCCCGGGGAGGGCCGGGAAGAUGGCCAGGACGGCAUGGACAAGAGCCUGGACAACGACGCCGAGGGCGUCUGGAGCCCGGACAUCGAGCAGAGCUUCCAGGAGGCGCUGGCGAUCUACCCGCCCUGCGGCCGGCGGAAAAUCAUCCUCUCGGAUGAAGGCAAGAUGUACGGUCGCAAUGAACUGAUAGCCAGAUACAUCAAGCUGCGGACGGGGAAAACACGGACGAGAAAGCAGGUGUCCAGCCACAUACAGGUUCUAGCUCGGAAGAAGGUGCGGGAGUACCAGGUUGGCAUCAAGGUCUCUAGCCACUUGCAGGUUCUAGCCCGACGGAAAUCUCGCGAGAUUCAGUCCAAGCUGAAGGCCAUGAACUUGGACCAGGUCUCGAAGGACAAGGCUCUGCAGAGCAUGGCUUCCAUGUCCUCAGCUCAGAUCGUCUCGGCCAGCGUCCUGCAGAACAAGCUCAGCCCCCCUCCUCCUCUUCCUCAGGCUGUCUUCUCCGCUGCCCCCAGGUUUUGGAGUGGGCCAAUCCCAGGACAGCCUGGACCCUCUCAGGACAUUAAACCGUUUGCACAACCAGCUUACCCCAUCCAGCCACCCAUGCCUCCAUCACUAGCCAGUUACGAGCCCUUGGCUCCGCUCCCACCAGCCGCCUCGGCCGUGCCCGUCUGGCAGGACCGCACCAUCGCCUCCGCCAAGCUCCGGCUCCUCGAGUACUCCGCGUUCAUGGAGGUGCCGCGGGACGCCGAAACGUAUAGCAAACACCUCUUUGUGCACAUCGGCCAGACGAACCCGUCGUACAGCGAUCCUCUGCUGGAGGCCGUAGACAUCCGCCAGAUCUAUGACAAGUUCCCCGAGAAGAAAGGUGGCCUCAAGGAGCUCUACGAGCGAGGGCCCCAGAACUCCUUCUUCCUUGUCAAGUUCUGGGCGGAUCUGAACAGCACUAUCCAGGACGGGCCGGGGACUUUCUACGGCGUCAGCAGCCAGUACAGCAGUGCAGAGAAUAUGACCAUCACGGUCUCCACCAAGGUGUGCUCCUUUGGGAAGCAGGUGGUGGAGAAAGUGGAGACAGAGUAUGCGCGGCUGGAGAAUGGCCGGUUCGUCUACCGAAUCCACCGAUCUCCCAUGUGCGAGUACAUGAUCAACUUCAUCCAUAAACUCAAGCACCUCCCGGAGAAGUACAUGAUGAACAGCGUCCUGGAGAAUUUCACCAUCCUGCAGGUUGUUACGAACAGGGAUACCCAGGAAACCUUGCUCUGCAUAGCCUUCGUUUUCGAGGUCUCCACCAGCGAGCACGGCGCCCAGCACCACGUGUACAAGUUGGUCAAGGACUAGGGGGUCCCCUGGGCCGGGCGGGGGGCACCAGGGGAGGGAGGGGGCCGGGCAGAAACGCCGCCCCCGUGCGUUGCCUCCUGAGAAGUCCUUGGAAGAGAGGAGGAGGAGGAGGAGGAGGAGGAAGACGAACAAAUAGCCAAAAAAAAAAAAAAAGACUGACGUGCGAUCGCAGAGGUUUUCUACUUAGGAACAGUUUCUUUUUUUUUUUAAUAAAUAAUAAUAAUAAUAAAAAAAGAAGAAUGGCAAAGGAACUGUACGGAGAAAGGAGGACCGUGCCCGGCGCUGGAAGGGGAACGACCAGUGCCCGGCGUCGCUGACGAAGGCCGGGAUGCUGCCGCGGCGGCGUGGAGCGCGGGGCCGGCGGAGCGGCGGACGAGCCCUUGGGCCGGGCUCGCCGAGGGGGGCGGCGGGGGCGGAGGGGGGGUCUGGUCCCACGGGAGAAGGUCGGAGCGUGGCCGAAGAGGCGGCGGCGGCGGCUCUUGCCAGCACGCCAAUAGGGGAAAAAAAAGAGAGAGAAAAAAGAAAAGUCAAUGGAGCGGCAUCGACGAGUGCGAAAGUUGUUUUUUUUUUUUUUUUUUAAUUAUUAUUUCAAGGCUCUUUUUUUUUUCCCCUCUUUUUAAAAAUUGAAGUGCUAUUUAGAAAGACACCACGUUGGCAGCGGGAAGGUGACCCUUUCCCGCCUGUCCGCGGGGGACUAGGGAAGGCGGAAGAGCCGAGUUCGCCGGUUCAAAUCCCGCGCGCGGCCGAGGCGCCCGCGGCGGGGACGUGCCGGGGAUGGCGGGCACGGGGACGGGGCAGAGGGCUUGUGCGGAGAAAGCGUUGGGGUUUGAGGCGCUGGGUUAGGGUCGCUGCAGCUGGUGGCCGGCGGCGGGAGCCCCUUCCCGGGAUUAAGCGCGGCGGCGGCUUCGUAGGCUGAAGCAUCCCCUGCUGCAGCUUGUCGCGGUGCGAGGAGGAGAGCGACACGAUGCAGCAUUUGCCUGAUUUACGUUGCGUAUGCAAUUUUGCAAUUUUUCUGUCUUUUCUCUGCUUUUUUUUUUUUUUUUUUUUUUUUUUUUGGCUUCGGGGCGGAGGGAAGCGGCACGGAGUUGCACGAGGCUGGUGGCAGCGGGGGGACGGAGCCGGACUUGCUGGGGUUUCUCCUGCAGGGCUCUCACCGCGGGGGUGCUCGCCGGUGGUAGGGGUGCAGAGCCAAGUGCUGAGGGUGGGCAGGGAGCAAUUCUCGGGGUGCUGGAGCCCGCGGUGGCUAUAGGCAGCGUUUAUAUAGAGACAUAGGUGGAUGUAGGCUCGGUGCUACCGGGCGCCUUGCUGCAGAGCGUUUGUGCAACGAGCCCCUUCGGCGUCUCCGCUAGCCGGUGCCUCCGCGGCCGGCUGCUCCCGGCCCGGCACUUCGGGGAGCAGCGGGAGCCGCUUCGCGCCCGGCCCCACAGCCGGUGCAGCCUUUGCCGCACUCGCGCCCGCCGGCGCAGCGCGGAGCCGGCGGCGCCGAGCUCCGGGCGAACGGCCGGCGCGGUCUCAUAUGUAGCAUGUUUGUUUGUUGUUGGGAAUUUUUAUCCCCCCCCCUCCUUUCUUUUCGUUUCACUCACUGGUCUAAAACUCUGGGAAUUAAAGCUCAAACCUCCUUGCCGCACGCGAGCCGCGCGCGCCUUCCCGCAGCCGGCCGCGGCCCGCGGGCACAGACGGGAUCUCGCCCGGAUCCCGGAGCCCCUUUCUCCUCCCUUCCUCCAGCCCCUCCGUUCUCCUCCGGUGUAUUUAUGAAUUUCACAUGAAGUACUGUUUUAUUUUUUUAAAGACUUUGUAAAGCUUACCAGCGUUACAAUCACCAUUUUUAGAGCUGUGUCAGUCCACAAUGUUAAAAAUCCAUUUUUUUUAUGUAUUAUAUUUUUUUGUGUAUUUUUUUUUAAUCCAGCUGUGAUGGGUUGUAUCAUAUAUUUGUUGUGUUUACUGUAUCUGUCCAACUUCAAAGAGAGGAGACUGUGGAGCUCCCGAAAAAAACUGCGGUCUGCUGAAAAAAAAGAAAAAACAUUAAAAUUAUUUGUUCAUGGGUUGGCUCAAA